GGCACCGAGUCAACUGGCGGAACAGUGGGCACCGAGUCGUCUGGCAAGACAGUGGGCUCCGAGUCAACAGGCACGACAGUGGGCACUGGGUCAUCUGGUAUCGGAUUGUCUGGCUCGACAGCGGGCAUCGGGUCACCAGGUAUGACAGCGGGCAUUGGGUCACCAGGCAUCAGGUCAUUUGGCUUGCCAGCGGGCACCCGCGUCAUCUGGCAAGGCAGUGGGCACCGGGUCACCAGGUACCGGAUCAUCUGGAUCAACAGCGGGCAUCGAGUCAACUGGCCUAAUAGGAUCGUUGGGCUGGAUCAGUUCAUCAUGCUGAGUAGCGGCAUCAGGCUGAAUGCAGGCAUCAGGCCGAGUAGAGGCUUCAGGCCGAAGAGAGGCAUC